GCGAACAACAAGCGUACGCGCGCGGUCCGUAACGAAACGAAACUAUACCUCUACAAGGAGGAGGAACCUGGUCAACGGAAUUUUUGUGGGAGCAGGUCGAACGAACGAGCAGUGCUUCCCGUUGAGGCGUCCAGAAGUGCGGCGUCCGCUAGGUCCGUGAUCCUCGGUGGACAUAGUGCGUGGAGUGCGAGCGAGGUUAUGUAACAAACCCUACGACGACGGUAGCAGCAACGCGAAUCUCCGCCGAAACGGUGUCAAUUUACAAGUUUUACCAAAUUUUCGAGUAGUUCGAGUAGUGUGGGUAGUGAGAGUUUUUAUAUACCUGUGAGUGAUAUCUGUGAUCCCCGAACUUCCCGCAGGGAAGCGAGUUUUUUUUAAUUGAAACGAAGAAGAGCCAGCUUUAAUAACGAGCGAAGAUCAAACGAAUCAAGAAAUUCAGCUAGAGAAGCGAGCGAGCUGUUUAUUAUUCCAGUGUGGGCGCGGAUCACCUUGAUACGAAGAUCCAGCAGUGGAACCUAGAAGUGUGUAUAGUGGUGCACGAAGAAGCUCCGAUAGCUCUGUGUUUGUUGGCAGAUCGUGUGCACGAUCGCGCGCGGGAUUAAGCUAAUUUACAAUCAUUCCCAACCCCGCGCGAGAGAUAUACAGAGGAAGCUCAGGUGUCGGAGUCGCUGUCGGAGUUGGCGUGAUUAAGUCAGCAAAUAUUUGCGUUUUCAGCGAGCUCGAGCUACACGGGGCGACACCAGCAUCAAGUCAAGGUCGCGGCAUGUGCCGAAGCAGCUAGUACGUCCCACGUGACCUCGCUUCCCCCCCUUCCCGGUGCCACGGGAAGCGGCGGAACUGUAGCAUGUACGAGGUGGCAACCCUCGCGGGCAACAAACUAGACGCGGCGUACGCCAUCAAGAGCUUGUCCAGUAUCAUGGGGCAAAUUUCGAGCACCCCGACGGGGACCAACAACAACCACCACCACGCGGCGGUCGGACGAAACGGGAAGAAGAUCUACCACCGGCACUCGUCGGUGCAGCCGGCGCUGGCGAACAUCAAACUGCUCAAGAAGGAGAACUCGUUCAGCGGGAAGGAGCACCACAUCAAGGAUCCGCUGCACAAGGCUCGGACGGAGAGUAAAAACAUCGAUCAGUUGCUGCUGAGCAACGGGGCGGCGGCCCCGCCCGUCAGUACCGCGACCACGCUGAGUAACGACCUGAACCUCAGCCGGGACGGAACCAAAGACUCCUGUGCCGUGUUCAGCUCGACGAGCAGCAAAGAGUUCUUCAAAUCGGGCGAAGCCUACCACAAGACUGACGGUUGUUACUACAAAACGUUGGACAACGGUUACCACAAGUUACCUUCCGAUUCGUACCACAAGAUGACCGAGGGGUGCUACGUCAAGCUGCCCGACGGCAGCUUCCGAAGGUUAGACGACAAGGUACACUCCCUAGAUGCCAACACCGUGCUCGGCGCUUCCACCGGCGAGAAACGGUCCACCGGAUCCGCAGCGGAUCACUCCACCACCGGUCGGAACGACGACUCCGGCGUCCAGUACCGGGUCAAGAACCCGAUGAUGAAGUUUCUCAAACGCUCCAAGUCCCACACCCCCGCCACGAUAGCCCAGCUCCAGAAGGAGAAGGAAAAGAACCGACUCAGUACAAUCCAAUCGCCGGCCGUGGACGCUGGUCGUCCGCCCGUAUCCCACCAGCAACAGCAGCAGGUUCUGCCGUCGCACCAGCAUCACCACUCGCACCAUCACCAGCAGGACUGCGCCGCAUCAGCGACGACGAAAUCAUCCCAGCAUUCCAGCAGCAGUAGUCAUAGUCAGCAGCCGGCGCCGAACCAGAACCGGCGCGUCAUGGUCACCAUGAUCGACGGUGGGCUGCCGGUGGUCGCCAAAAGCAAACCCAUCCACGAUAAACCAAAAAGUGCCAAAGCCCGCGCCCAGGAUGCCAGUAGAGAUAAGGGUUCACCAAAUAUGCAGAUGCGCGGCACGGGCGCCCGGUGGCGGCCGGCCGAGGAGCACAUCGGCAAGUACAAACUGCUGAAGACGAUCGGCAAGGGCAACUUCGCGAAGGUAAAGCUGGCGAAGCACGUGCCCACCUCGAAGGAGGUCGCGAUUAAGAUCAUCGACAAGACGCAGCUGAACGCGUCCUCGCUGCAGAAGCUGUACCGGGAGGUCCGGAUAAUGAAGCUGCUGGACCACCCGAACAUCGUCAAGCUGUUCCAGGUGAUCGAGACGGAGAAGACGCUGUACCUGGUGAUGGAGUACGCGUCCGGCGGCGAGGUGUUCGACUACCUGGUGCUGCACGGCCGGAUGAAGGAGAAGGAGGCCCGGGCCAAGUUCCGCCAGAUCGUGUCCGCCGUCCAGUACUGCCACCAGAAGCGAAUCAUCCACAGAGAUUUAAAAGCGGAGAACCUGCUGCUCGACAGCGAGAUGAACAUCAAGAUUGCCGACUUUGGCUUCUCGAACCAGUUCACGCCCGGCUCGAAGCUGGACACGUUCUGCGGGUCGCCGCCGUACGCCGCCCCCGAGCUGUUCCAGGGCCGCAAGUACGACGGGCCCGAGGUGGACGUGUGGUCCCUCGGCGUCAUCCUGUACACGCUCGUCAGCGGGUCGCUCCCGUUCGACGGGGCCACGCUGCGGGAGCUGAGGGAGCGCGUGCUGCGGGGAAAGUACAGAAUCCCCUUCUACAUGUCGACAGACUGCGAGAACCUGCUGAAGAAGUUCCUCGUCCUCAACCCGGCCAAGCGGGCCAGCCUCGAGUCCAUCAUGAAGGACAAGUGGAUGAACAUGGGCUACGAGGAAGACGAGCUGACGCCCUUCACCGAACCUAAGCCCGAUCUGAAGGAUCAGAAGCGGAUAGGUAAGACGGAAGCGCUAGUCGCGAUGGGCUACAAUAGGCAAGACAUAGAAGAAUCAUUGACAUUCACCCGAUACGAUGAUGUAUUCGCCACUUAUCUACUUCUCGGAAGAAAGAGCACGGACCCGGAGUCCGACGGGUCCCGGUCCGGGUCGUCACUGUCGCUACGUAAUAUCGCCGGCAACGAGGGCGCCACGGCCGGCAACUCGCAGGUGCAGAGCCCGACGCACCGCGGAGUCCACCGGAGUAUAUCGGCGUCCAGUACAAAACCGAGCCGGCGGGCAUCGAGUGGGGGUGAAACCUUACAGAUCUUCCAACGCUUCAUUGCAGGCGUCGGACCGGCGGCAGCGGUUGCGGCCGCGGCGGCAGCAGCAGCCGGCGGUGGGGCCGGCGUCGUCGGGGGAACCGGCGGAACCGCCGGCACCGGGUCCGCCUCGAGCGGUGGUGCCGGUGGGGCGGCCGGCAACGGAACCACCGGAACGACUGGAGCGGGCAGCGGUGGUGGAGGCGGCGGCGGCGGAGGCACUUCCAACAGCACGACCGCCAGCAGCAACAACCACAGCAGCUCGGGCACCAGCAGCGGCACGUCGGAGCGGGCGUCAGUUAGCAGUAAUUUCAAGCGACAGAAUACUAUAGACUCAGCCACCAUCAAGGAGAACACGGCCAGACUAGCCGCACAAAACCAGAGGCCGGCGUCGAGCAUAACCAAACCGAUCACUUCGGCGGAUAACUCAUCGAUCUCCAGCCCGGCGAAGCCCCGUACCACCAGUACGACCAGCGGCAAGUUCGACCCGAGCAACGGCUCGCGGACGGUGGGCCCGAGCGCCGGCCUGAUGCCGCGCCGGUCCACCACGCUGUACGAGAAGACCUCGUCCACGGAAAAGACAAACUCCACCACGGACUCGACCUUCAUUGGUCCGAUACCGGAAUUUACCCGCGGCAGCUCGGCCGGCGCCGGCAGUGGCAAAGGUCACGUGAAGAGUGCGUCCGUCUCGAGCCCGGGACCGUCGGCCGACAGUAGUGCCAACAGCGCCGCCACAACCGAUCCCCUCCGUCAAAGCAUGGUGAAUCGCAAUAGUCUUACACCAGCCGUUAAUUCUUCCAGACAACCGGUUGCAUUUCCCAGGAAUGUUCCAUCGCGAUCGACUUUCCACUCGGGCCAAACCAGAUCCAGAAACAGUACGGCAUACUCCGGAGCAGGAGGCAACGUCGGCGACUCGCCACACACUGGCAAGACUUUCCUACAAAGACUUACUACCAGAUUCAGCAAACGGCCCAACGAAGGCCAACCAAAUACUUCAUCAAAUAGCAGUGGCUCGACCGGCGUCGGCGAGGAGCCGGUGAAGCCCCGGGUGCUCCGGUUCACCUGGUCCAUGAAGACGACGUCGCCGCGGCUGCCGGACGAGAUCAUGGCCGAGAUACGGUCCGUGCUGGACAAGAACAAUUGUGAUUACGAGCAGCGGGAGAGGUUCGUGCUGCUGUGCGUGCACGGUGACCCGAACACGGACUCGCUCGUCCAGUGGGAAAUCGAGGUCUGCAAGCUGCCCCGCCUGUCGCUGAACGGAGUGCGGUUCAAGAGAAUAUCGGGCACCAGCAUCGGCUUCAAGAACAUUGCCUCGAAGAUCGCGUACGAUCUACGCCUGUGACUCGAUACAAAAUCGGAGGAGUACCACUCGGUCGGCAGCGAUCUUGGCGGCGGCCCGGACGAUAGCGACCGAGGGGGUGGUGGCGAAGGCGGCGGAGACGGUAGCGGAAGUGGCAGCGGUGGCGACGAAAAUGUGAGUUCUUCCCCACGGAUUGACGGGGAAUCGGAGAGGAAAAACAGUGGUGGCGACGGUGAGCGGAAGGGUUCCGCGGGCGAUUCUAGUACUACAAAAACGAUGAAAAUUGGCCACGCCCAGCAGCAGCAGCAGCAGCAGUACUACUACUAUCAACAGCCGGAAAAGUUUAAAUUUGGCAAUCGAGAGGGCGCGGGCGGCGGCGGUGGCGAAAAGGUUGCAUAUAACAGUAUAUUCACCUCGCUGCUGAGAACCACCACGCUGUAAAUAAGGUGAGCUUUGUGUCGUGAUUGUGACGGAGGGAAAAAUUUAGAAACUAAUCUAAAGAUUAGAGCAGAAAUAUUGAAAAAGAAUGUUCUUUUUUUACAACCGUUAGAGUAACUUUAAAAACAUCCAAACAUGCAGUAAAUGAUAGUAUUUCCAUCGUCGUUGAAGACUAACCAAAUAACACAGAAUUAGAGAGAGAAAGCUAAAAUAUUAGUGGCGAAAACUAUGGUCUUCAGUGUCCUCACGUCGUCGUCGUCGUUGGUGAAUCCAUUCGUUUUAGGCAGCCACACAGUUUUACUCGAAUCCAGUAGGGCACUGUUUUGUAGCGCAAUCCUCUAUUGUUUGUAGCAAAACGAGAGAAAGAGAUUUAAAAUAUUCGCGUCUAAACAAAAAAAAAAUAGAACAUGUUAAUUGCACAGUACAGUUUUAAAUGUCAGAACUAAAAACACACUCACACAUACACCUGAAUAAAGUAAUAUAACACACACACUCAUGCGGCUCAUCACACGAACAAAAAAAAUGCCUUUCAACCGACCACCUCAGACCACGCCCACGUUUCAUUUCACACAAAUCUUUCUCUCACGUACACUUGUGGAUAAAAAAAAGUAAUAACAAACAAGACUAAAAAAUCCAACCACGUGCGCUCCCAUAUUUUCGUCAACAACCUAGGAAAAUAUUAACCAAACAAACGAAAACGACUGAUUUUAUUGGUGAGUUUACCACAAUAACAACAAACAAACAAAAAAAUAAUCGUGCACCCAAGCCACGCCCCUUUCCGCGCGGAUGUGUGUAGUACUAGUAGAGCCACGCCCCCUCUUUUCCUGAUUUCUCUCCCCUCCCUCUGACGCGUUGCGUCGUCAUCGUUUGGUAGGUAGGUCGAAUCUAUCAAAACUGAUUUUUAUCGAGCGUUUGCGCUACUCGCCGCUAGGGGCGUUAGAAUCAGUGUAUUUGUAGUACUAGAAUGUAGCGGCUCCAAAUAUGAUGCAUAGCUGUUGUAUUUUCUUUCAAGCCUCCCGUCGUUGUGUGUGUGCGCGCGCGAACGAAUGUGUGUAGUACUAGAAUGCCGCAUAAAUAAAAAACCUGUUUCUUACUGUACUGUAGUACUAGAACGGUAAGACGUCGUAACGCAGUUAAAGUAGUUUUUCAGUGUAUAUUUCUUCACGCACUCUCAUCGACGCUUCUUCGCUCGCAAACAUGGCCGACGUAAACCUCUUUUCUCAUCGCGCAAUAAUAAAAAGUUUCUUUUUGCAAUUUACGCCCCCGUUUUGAAGGCGUGCUCACGCCGCAGCUUGCGUUUGCUACCAAAUUUAGUGCAAUUUAGUGAGGUUUUGGUUGGGAAAAACGACCCCGAAAACGGCAGUUGGUGAGGGACGCCGCCGCCAUUUUGAAUUUCACGUUGCGUCGCCAUGUCCAUCGCUCGCUCUCGCUUCGAGACGCUAAACUCAUUUUACAACCUAUAUAUAAAGUUUCAUUCACUCACUCACUCACUCACACACACGUAACCGCAACAGUAAGCAUGUAAAUCUCAUUAAUCGUUAGAGUGAAUAGAAUAUAAUAAUGAGUAAAAAAAUGAAAAAAAGGUUAAAUGAACGAGAAAAUUUAAAUUUAUGAGGAAACUUGCAGAAAAUAAGAAACUAGAAAAAAUUUAAAACCAUAAUAUAUAAUUGAUGAAAAUUAAAAGUAAAAGCAACAAAAACUGACUAUUUAUUUUCUAAAGUAACAAAAAAUUGGAACGAUAUGUUGAACAAAACAAAAACGCGAAAAAGAUUUGUACAUUGAGCGCGGAACCUACUAAAAAUUAGAAUGCAAAAUUCACUAAACGUUCUUCUACGAAAACAAAACAAAAAAGUAUAACCAGCAGCGCAGACAACAGAAAAGAAUAUCUUCUUCAACGUUAAAGUAAACAAAAGAAAAAUACACAAAGUGAUAAGCUCCCCCGUACGAUGAAAAAGAGAAAAAAAAGAAAGAUGGAAAAACAUGAAACUUAUGCAUAAAGAAAAAAAAACAAGCGAAUUAGAAAAUAAACAUUAUUACUAUGGAAAAAAAAACAACAAAAAGCUAUAUAAAAACUAGUUAUUGUUAGAUUACAGAAAGUGCAAGAAUUCAAACAAAACAAAAAAAAACAAGUUUUCACGUACGAAUAAAAUUGAAAAGCAAACACAUACACACAUACAAACACAUAGUCUUACUAUCUCACACACUGAAACAAAAUCACGCAGCAGAUUUAACCGAAAACAAACACGAAAUCUUACGAAAUUCUGCAAAUGUUUGAAAUUUUUCUUUUCAAGCAGCACCACCACAAGAAAAAAAAUAUCGACAACAUUUUUGUUCCUUUUCCGAUUAAUUUAAAAAAGUUACCUCCCAUGCCGAAAAAACCGCUGGAGAUAAACGUUAAAAAACAAGUAUCGUGUUUUUGCAUUUCAACCAAAAAAGUAAACAAAAGCGUAAACAACUCAAGCUUGAUUUGUAAAUAUUAAAAAAGAGCAAAACUGCAAGAAAAAAAAUUGCUGGGGAGCGAAGCCGCCGGCAGCAAGAGCGUGGCUUCAAAAUAAGUAAACAAAAAAAGAAAGAGAAAAUCCUUAGAUGUAAACAUGUUUUAAGUGUAAUAACCUUCCCCCCACAGAAAUCCCACUUUUCCCCCAACACAACCCCUCUCGCUCACUCCCUUUUAUUAUUAUGCGUUUUUAUUAAGUGAUUGCGCCCAAUAGCCGCGAUAAACGUGCAUCCUCUGACCGCGCACUGAAGUUUUCAGCAGGGUCGAAUCUAGUUUAGUAGACAAAGUUUCCUUUAUAUUUUAAAGCCCUUCUUUGUUUCUGUUGACUGUUGGACCUACUUUCCCUCACCCAAGCUAGAAAUCCCUACCGCUUUCCUUCCCUCGAACCCCGUUUUUUCCUGCUCCGAGUUUGUGUAACGUUUUUGCGCAAGAAAGAAAAAAACAAACCAUACUCUUGCGUGUAAAAUUAUGAAAGUAUCAUUUAGCAAGAGAAAAAAAACAAAAUGAGGAUCAAGAUGUAAUAAAAAAAAGGAAUGAAAAAUUAUGAAAAAAAAAAACAAAACACAAGCGACAGAGAUAAACAAGAAGAAAAAAAACACUUUGUGGUGAUGGCUAAUCCUUUUUUUAUAAUUAUGAUUAUGAUUUUUUCUCAGAAAAUAAAUAAAGUGAAAAAAUGUUUCAAAUAAAGAAAAUAUAA